UUCAAUGUAUAUCCACUUGAUAAGUGGCCUUCGGUAAAUGUUUUAUAACAAAAUGCAAUAAAUAUUUAUUGAGUUUGAAAGUAUUCUGAUACAGCAUAAAAUUAUAUCGAGUAAGGUUACUGCUGCAUUUUCGAACUUAUAUUAUUAUAAGUAUUAAGUUUGUGUAUAUGUGGGUGAUAAAGCAUUUGAAUCAAUAUAAUCCAUUUGAAAGUGUAAAUAAUGAUAAUAUAUUUCAAACAGUUUCAAGAUAAUUAUUCCACACAAUAAACACUUAUGACCACUUCCACAAUCAUGGAAGACGAUGAAGCGAACAAUAAAAAUACAGAGCUUUCAGCUACUGUUGAAGCUCUACUGGUAACCUUGAAUGAUAAGGAUGAAACUGUUCAUCUAUCUGUGGUUGAAGCAUUGAAAAAAAUUGCCAAGAUAGAACCAAUUACUGUAAUUGAAUCUUCAGUAAAAUUUUGGAAAUCACAGAGAAAAACUGAUGUCCGUUUGAAUUCGUUGUUGAAAAUUUUGACGGAUAUCAUAGAAUAUCAUGUUAUAAAAAUGGAUCACAAUUUGGCUACAUCUGUGGCCGAUUUAGCUUUGUUAGAGCUUGAGGAUCGUGAUUUCGACCAAGCCAUCAAACUACUUGUCAGUUUAACCAAAGUCCAGUGUCCGCAAGUAAUUGGAGCUUUGAUAAUUAGAUUUGAACCAAAUGUUGUACCACAUCAUAAAAUAAUUGAAACUAUUGGAGAUAUUGCUGAAAAAUAUCCAACUGAUAUGCUCCCAUUUAUCAAAGUAACUCUGAGCGUUUUAACACCCCUAAUGUCUGGAAUAAAAGAGGACCAAGCAAAAUAUGCAACUGCAUCCACUCUGAAAAAAAUAUCAGACGCAAUCAGCGACUGCCUCACAAAUUCUAAAUUGGCUAAUUCAGGCUUAAACAAGGAUAUUUAUUACGAAGAAUUAUCUACAGCCUUCGAAGUGCUGUGCUACAAUUGGCUCAGAGUCUGUCGCGUUCACAACCUCACGGAGAAGAUUUUAUUCGCCAUGGCCUCUAUUUUACCAUUGUUGCCACAAAUUGCCGAUGAUAAGCUCAUCAUCAGGCUGAUUCCAAUAUUAUUGAACUUUUGUAAGAAACCUAGCUUUAGAUAUUCGGCAUCCAGUGUAUUAUCGAUACUGCUAGUCAGAGCCAACAACGAAGUCAAAGAGAUACUCAGGCCGUAUCUGGAUCAAUUGCAUCAGAUACUUCUCGACAUGGUGAGCGCCACCCCUUUCGAAGCCGUGCGAGAGGUCCUGCUGACUCAUUACGAGGUACUCCAGUGCUUCAGAGCCAUAGUCGUUCUGUUUCCCGACGAAGGAUUGGACAGAGUACUGCAUCUGCUGAAAUCGCAGAACACCAAUCAACGCUCCAGAGCCCUGGUGGUCAUCCGCCAUCUCGUCAACACUCUGCCACCGGAGGACGAGGUUGCCCUGCAGAAGAUAGCCGUGAAUCUGCAGGACUCGCUGAGCGAGGGCAACACUCGCCUCGUCGUCGGGGCGAUCGUCGCCCUGGCCGCCAGGCCCAAGUUCCCGGUGCUGCCCACUCAGCGCUCGGCCUUCAUCAAGUUCAUGGUGCUGCACUGCGGCACGCGCGGCGAGGAGGGCGAGGCCUGCGAGGAGGCCCUCCACCUGCUCUCGAGCACCGUGCACGGCGCCGAGCUCUGGCUGUGGCCGGCACUGGUCGCCGCGCUCCUCGACACGACCUACUACGCCUCGGCCGCGGCGAUCCUUCGCGCCCUCGAUCCGCUGGCGCAGAAAAUUCUUCCCAACGAGGAGCAUCGGGACAGACUGCUCAAGGACUUCCGGAGCGUCAAGGUGCUGGCGCGCUGCCUCGAGCUGCUCGAGCAGGAGCAGAAUCGAGUGGCCGUGCUCAAGUUCCUGCGCAGCGCCGCGCCGCUGUUCGGCCAGCAGCAGCGUCUGCACGAGCACUGGUCCAGCAAGCUCGCCGAGCUUGUGCGCUACCUCGAGGACGGCCAGAGGGCCGCGAUCGAGGCGACGACGGCGCACGAUCGCCUCGAGCAGACCCUCGCCUGGGAGGACCGACUGGUCGAGUUUUUGGAGGAGUCGCGCGAGCUCGAGGGCGAGGCCUGGGCCUCGGAGCUCGCCCAGGAACUGGCCCAGCGACGCAUGAGCCCGUCGCUGGCCAUCUGCUUCGCCUCGGUGGCCCAGGACUCGGCGCAGAUCGCCAGCCUCAUCCAACUGGUGCGCCAGCACAGCGUCAACAGCCAGGGCACGACCUCGCUCGUCGACGAGUACGCCCGCGCGGUGGGCAUAUGCGCUCGGGGUAGUACCGGCGACGACAACGACAACAAUAAUCCCCGUCUCGAGCUCACACUGCGCCUCGUCGAGGAGUACUGCAACGUCGAGGACGCGCGCAAGCAGCCGCUCAAGCUGCUCGGCUUCAUGCGGGACGCCAAGCAGGCGGCGAGCCUCGAGGCGGCCAAGGCCGGACUGCUGCACGCCUACGCGGAGAUCUGCCGGCAGGCCGCUGCGGGCCAGCUGAUGGCCAGCCUGGAGCGCCACGUGAUGCCCUGGGCCGUGAGACAGCUGCAGGAGUGCCGCGAGCUCGGCACCAAGGAGGCCGGCCUGCUGGCCGUGGAGCAGUGCGCCCUGGCGCCCCAUCGACUGGACGAGCCCAGGGAGCUCGCGGCGAGGCCCGUCGCGCUACAGGCCAUUCUGCAGCUGUUCCAGUCGUCGAAUGGCGCGAGACCGCUGCAGAUCUAUCCGCUGAUGCUGAAGGCCAUCAUAGCGCUCAUUAAACUACCACCGCUGCUGAGCUCCGAGGACAAGCGCCAGAUCCUCGAGUCGUGCAUGGACAAGGUCAUAGGCGCCAGCGAGCCGAUCUCGCAGCUCAGUCUGCCGGGCGUCGCCCAGCAGAUCGUCGACAGUCUCGCGGCCAUCGGCAGCGAGCUCGUGGCCAACUCGGCCGACACCCUGGCGCUGCUCGCGGACGUGCUGCUGCCCUGGAUGCAGUCGCGGUCCGAGGCCGAGCGACGCUGCACGCUGCUGGUGCUGCGCUCCACUCUGCGCACCUAUCACGACUCCCUCAAGUACACGUAUCCGGGCGGCAAGCUCGAGCCGGGUCUGCUGCUGGGCCGAUUCCUGGGCUGGGCGGCCGAUGCGGCGCCCGGCCUGAGGCCCCUCGUGGUGGACUGCGUGGCGCUGGCGCUGAACAUCGGGGCGCGACACAGAUCGACGGCGCCCGACAACAGUCUGAGCGAGGACAUAAGCGAGGCCAAGCGCAUCAUCAUCAGCGAGGACAGCGCAGUACUGUUCAAGGGCGUCAGGAAUUUGGCACUAGCUUCGUGUCAGAGGGUGGCCAGCGCCGAGGUGGUGAGCUGCGCCGAGGGCCUGAUCGAGGGCCUGCUGAAUCGCGGCGACGGCGGCAUCGCAGCCGGCCUCGCGCUAUCCGUGCUCUUCCAGCAGCGCGGCAUGGACAUACCGAGAUCGAGCAUGUUUCUAGUCGACAGCGUAAUCGCCCAGAUCCGCCAGACGGAGAAUCCGAUGUGUCGUCACGGGGCCGCCAUCGCGGUGCAGUCGCUGGCGCGUCACCACUCGCAGUCCGUGGUGGAGCACCUGCUGCGCCAGCCGCUGCCCCUGGACAGGGGCUGCAAGGAGUGCUGGCGCCAGCUCGGCAGCAGCAGCAGCGACGUCGACGAGGAUCGGGAUCAGGUGGUCGGCUCGACGGUGCUCGAGCUGCUGCUGCGACGCCUCGAGAGCGAGAAUCUCGUCGUCGUCGAGGCGGUCUUCGACGACCUGUCGUCGCCACAGGUCAAGACCAACGGAAACAACAACGGUAGCAACAGUAACGGUAACAACAGCAACAACAAGAAGCAGAAACGACCCACCGCGAGCUUCGGCUCGCUGGCCGCCGUCUGCGCGAUAGGCCAGCUGCUGCACGGCGACGCCGAGACGGCGGAGCGCCUGGCCGAGCAGCAGCUCGCCGAGCUUCUGGCAGCCAUGCUCGAGCACGUGGCCGGCUGGCUGCACUGCGACCCGCCCAUGUCCAGCGUCGGCAGCACCAAGUACGGCUUCGUGCCGAAUCGGGCCAGCUGCAAGCUCGACCCGUACGCCGAGGCGUUCGCCGUGCUGGCUCGCGUCGUCGCGCUCACCGUGCGCAAGGACGCCGUCGACAACGACAGUUUCGCCGUGUCGUUCUUCGCCGAUCGUUUUCGCGAGCCCGAGGAGGGCCUCGUGCUGCUGGUGCGCGAGGUCGUCGCGGCGCUGCGCUCCGCCCGUCCCGACGCUCUGCUGAGGCUGGUGCGUCGCUCGGGCCGCCUGGUGACGCGGCCGCUGCCCGCGCAGCGCGCCCUGGCCAUCGCCCUGUACGCCGAGACCCUGGGACAGGUGGCCGAGGGCGCUCAGGACAGCAGCGUCUGGCUCGACGCCAUCGUCAACACCCUGCACGAGGCCAAGGCCGACUCGUCGGCCCUGGUCAGGAAGAUAGCGACCCGAGGAUUGACCAGCAUAGCCCAGCUCGAGCCCAGUUUGGUCGAGGAACAUUUCGAAAAUUGUCUAUCUUCGUUGCUGGACGGUUUGGAGGAACCUUUGGGAGCCACCGACGGCAGCGCCGACGUGAUCCUCGAGUCUCUCAAGGGUCUGGCCGUACUUCUAUCCGUGAAAACAUCGAAACCGGUGAGUCCCCGAGUCGUUCUGGCGCUCAAACCGUUCGUCGAGCGGGAGAACGUCGAGGCGAGGCUGGCCGCGCUCCGGGCGAUGGGCGCGCUCACCCUGGCCUGGCAGAGAUUCACCGCCGACUCGCCCACGGACGACGACGUGACCGAUCAUCUCCUCGGCUGUCUUCCCUGUCUCGCCGUCAAGCUCGAGGAUCGCUCGCGGGACGUGGCCCAGGCGGCGCGCCAAGUGCUCCGCAACGCGGCCUACCUGAUGCAGUGCAAGUCGCUGGCCUACGCGAUCGAGUCGCACCUCGGCCCGGACAAGGACAACGACUCGACCUCGUCGUCGUCGUCGUCCAUCGAGAACUUUUUCCGCGAGCUCAUCGUCUGCUUGAGGCAGGACUUGCCCGACCGAAGCGAGGAAUUGAGAAACGCCGUGGUGCGAGGCUACUCACGCUCGGAGAACGCCGUGACGAGGUCGACGUCGGCCCUGCUGCUCGGACUGUUCGGCGAGCCCCGACCCGACGAAAUUCAGCGGCUGUUGCAGUUGCUGAAGGAUCAGGAGAACUUCGUGCGCGCCCGAGCGGCUCGAGGACUCGCGCUGGCCUACACGGCUUGAAAAUCGUUACUACUCUGGCUUGUUUGAAGAAGAAAGAAGAAAAGAGAUACACGUUUAUUCUAUAUUGAAACAUAUGCAUAAGCGACGCUGCCGUUUUCCAUAAUCAUGUUGACUCUUGAUCAUUCCUGCUAUAUUUAUGAUGUAAUAAAUGCACUUGUUAAAGCUUUUUGAUGUUUUGAAGAGAGAAGGGGGUGGACAGAAACACAUAUUAUGUCAUCAGAGAUUUAUACAUUUAUUGAGGUAAAUAUCACCGUAUUAACUUGAAAGUUCAUAUAAUAUAUUUUGCAGCAAAGAAAUGUGAUAUGUAUUGAUGAUAUAAAUUAUUUAUAUUGAU